AUGGCUCCUGUUGUGAAGGGUGAUAAGUUCAAUUUGAACCAAUGCCCGAAGAAUGAUUUUGAAACGGAACAAAUGAAGAACAUUCCAUAUGCUUCUGUUGUCUUAAGCCUGAUGUAUGCUAAGGUCUGUACAAGGCCUAACAUUGCAUUUGUUGUUGGAAUGUUGGGACGAUAUCAAAGUAAUCCAGGUAUAGACCACUGGAGAGCUACAAAGAAAGUGAUGAGGUACCUUCAAGGAACCAAAAACUACAUGCUUAUAUAUAGAUGGAUGGACAAUCUAGAAGUAAUCGGUUAUUCAGAUUCAAACUUUGAUGGUUGUGUUGAUUCACGCAAAUCAACAUCAGAAUAUGUUUUCAUAAUGGCUGGUGGAGCUAUAUCUUAG